GUGCAGGUCAAUUAUGUUUUAGAUGUUUCUGUAAUGCAGCGCGGAACCGAGCCACCAUAUUUAGUUUGUAGGGUUGUCCUCCCACACUAAUCCAGCGAGUGUGCUACUCACCGCCUCACUCGUUAGUGUUUAAUUACGUCACACCUCGUAUAAUGUUGUAGCACGCAAGGAUUAGCGCGUGAUAAAUAUAUAUUGGUGAAAUCUUUGCCCUAGUCAUCUGUCAGGAACCCCUCUCUCUCUCUCUCUCUCUUCUCUCUUCUCUCUCUCUCUCUCUUAAAUCGACCAUGAGCCACCGCCUGCAACUCCGACCAACUGCUUCUCAUCACUAUAUCGGUUAAUUAUCAUUGAACCAGUACUGAUUUUGUUAUUUCAUCAUCUUUCAGAUUCGACGGAUUUGAUUUUUAGGGGUAAAAAUGGAACCCAUGGACAUUGUUGGUAGAACAAAAGAGGAUGCUUCCCUUCCUAAAGCAACUAUGACGAAAAUCAUCAAGGAGAUGCUCCCUCCAGAUGUUCGUGUCGCAAGAGAUACUCAAGAUCUUUUGAUCGAGUGUUGUGUAGAAUUUAUCAAUCUUAUUUCAUCAGAAUCUAAUGACGUCUGUAAUAGAGAAGAGAAAAGAACAAUUGCACCAGAACAUGUGCUCAAGGCAUUAGAGGUUCUUGGAUUUGGGGAGUAUAUUGAAGAAGUUUACGCUGCAUACGAGCAACACAGGCUUGAAACAAUGGACACGAUGAGAAGUGGGAAAUGGAGCAACGGAGCUGAAAUGACUGAAGAAGAAGCAUUGGCAGAGCAGCAGAGGAUGUUUGCAGAAGCACGUGCUAGGAUGAAUGGAGGAGGGGCCUCGGCCCCCAAGCAGUCAGAUCCCGAGUCACAACACCCAAGUUCAGAUAGCUAACUUGUCUAGAUUCAUAUUCAUCAAACUCUUUCUAGGGUAGGCCUCUUUACUCCAUCCAACUUGGUGCUUCUAUUCUCUACUUUGCCAGACUCUUCUCCUGUAUCUGUAACCCGAUAUAUAUAGCUGUAAUUAAAAAGUUCUCUCUCGCAAGAUUGUGCUUCAGAUAUCUUCUUGUUACAAGUACUACUUUUAUGUUA